GAAAAUCACAUGGGGAUAAUGUUUGAAAGGUCCAUUUUUGCAAAAGGAAGCCUUUAUAGAAGGCAGAAGCGUCAUCUCCCGUGAAAGGGAGUUGGAAGCCUAACAGCCUCUGUUUUGUGUUCUGUUCUGUAUCUUCGAAAUCUAGAAGCCAUUAAUGCACUCUUCACAGCGUACGGUUCCGCCAGUUCUUCACAACAGACGAUUUUAACUUUUUCAACUCUUUCUCACUCUUCUCAUUUCUGUUUCUCCAUUUUCCCUUUUAACCCAUUUCUCUACAAUCCUCCAUUUCCCCUCUCUGCAUCGUCUUCUUUCUCACCGCCAAGUUGGGUUUUUUGCUACUGCUGUGCACUUUUCUUCCUUCAGAUUCCCGCCAACGUCUCGAUCCCUUUGUUUUGGUGCUGUCCUGCAUGGAUAUACGUAUACAGUAUAGUAGACACUGUACCUGUCGGUUUAACCAAUAAAUAAACCUUAUUGUAUAGCGUAGAAGACGAAAUCUGAUUGCAGGGUUUAGAUAGAAGAUGCCUCUAUCUUCAGAUCAUAGACAGGGGUGAUGAAAAGUUAGUUGUAGAGGCGGAACUCACCUGUUAGAUCAGUCAGCGGAAAUUUUCAUUGGCCAAAAUGAUCAACAGACCACUUGUGCUGACUUACCUGUAUCUUUUCAUCUACAUUUUGCUAUCAUCUGGAGUUAUUUUGUACAACAAGUGGGUGCUCUCCCCAAAAUACUUCAAUUUUCCUUUGCCUAUUACACUUACAAUGAUUCAUAUGGGGUUUUCUGGCGCUGUCGCAUUCUUCCUUGUCCGUGUGUUCAAGGUUGUAUCUCCAGUCAAAAUGACUUUUGAAAUAUAUGCAACUUGUGUCAUCCCGAUUAGUGCAUUUUUUGCAUCAAGUCUUUGGUUUGGUAACACUGCCUACUUACACAUAUCUGUGGCCUUCAUUCAGAUGCUUAAGGCUUUAAUGCCAGUAGCCACAUUUUUAAUGGCUGUUGUGUGUGGUACGGACAAGUUAAGGUGUGACGUUUUCUUGAACAUGUUGUUGGUCAGUGUUGGGGUUGUCAUUUCCUCAUAUGGUGAGAUCCAUUUUAACGUAGUAGGCACAGUUUACCAGGUCACGGGUAUCUUUGCAGAAGCUCUCAGGCUGGUCUUGACGCAGGUCCUUCUACAAAAGAAGGGCUUAACUCUAAAUCCUAUCACCAGCUUAUAUUACAUUGCUCCAUGCAGUUUUGUUUUCCUGUUUGUUCCUUGGUACUUGUUGGAGAAGCCAGAAAUGCAAGUUGCUCAAAUUCAGUUCAACUUCUGGAUCUUUUUUUCGAAUGCACUGUGUGCCUUGGCAUUGAACUUCUCUAUUUUCUUAGUAAUUGGAAGAACUGGAGCCGUUACUAUUCGAGUUGCUGGUGUUCUCAAGGACUGGAUACUAAUAGCCCUCUCAACUGUUAUAUUUCCUGAAUCUACGAUAACAGGGUUGAAUAUCAUUGGCUAUGCAAUUGCAUUAUGUGGCGUCCUCAUGUAUAAUUACAUAAAGGUCAAAGAUGUUCGUGCAUCUCAAUUGUCAUCUGAAAGCAUUACAGACAGAAUUGCAAAGGACUGGAAGUUAGAGAAGAAGUCGACAGAUAUAUUCACGUCAAAUAGCAAUGAUGGCAAUGGUGGAAAUGGUUCGUCCGAUAUCAAUGUUGAUGAAGAGGCACCUUUACUGUCAUCAAGGUUGUCACAUGUUGGUCGCAUGCAGGUUGGUAACCACAAUCAGUAGCGAUAUAUAAAUAUGAAUAGGAAGGAAAAAGAAGGAUGAGUGAUAGGAAAUAUUCAAUGGAAGUUGUUUUGUGAGGUUUAGAAGGCAAUUAUGGAUUCAUUUGAUUUUGUGGCAAUGUCUUCUACAUGGAAUAGAGAAUAUUGGAUUGGGACUAGAGGAGCCUUGGCAAUGGCAUAAUAACAAUGGUCUUGAUUGAAUGUAAUAUUUUAGGACAAUUCUUUUGAUCAAGUCAUGUAAUUGUAUUCUUUGAAUCAGCCAGAAGCUUUAGGGACGGUAAGUAAAAUUUGCGGUCUUUGAUCCAUGAAUGCUGCUAUAUAGUGAAUGUUAUAUAUAUAUUUUGUAUUUUUGUUCCUUUUUA